AUGCGUGGACGCUCGGCGCUUCUUUGUUGCUCCCUCGCAGCUGCAGCCGCCGGCCUGCUCGCUCUCUCGCUCGACGACGGCGAGUCCGGUCCCGCUUCUCUCUUGUGGAAGCCUCUGGCGACUCUGGGCAUCAAGCUGGAGCCGCUCGACGUAGCGUACAUAAUUAUCAUCCGGCACGGCGAGAAGCCUCCAAAGGGCGAGCACGACAACGGGCUCUCCCCGGAUGGAGCUUCCCGAGCCCGCUACCUCCAGCGCUGCAUAGCGAGCCCGUACGCGAGCAUCGCGUUCCCUCUCGGCGCGCCCACGUACGUGAUGGCCAGCCACGGCAAGAAAGGCCGUUCACACCGGCCGCAAGACACCGCGCGCCCCGUGGCGGAAGCUCUCGGCCUCCGGCUGGACGAUGACGUCUUCCACAAGGACACCAAGGGUGCCGUGCGGCGGCUGCACCGCGUGCUCCAGCACGGCCCGCAGCGCGGCUGCUCGCGCUCGAGCGUGCUGCUAGCGUGGCACCACGGCUCGAUCCCUGACAUCAUCCACGAGCUUCUGCGCGGCAGCGAGUACAAGAAGGAGGCGCUCGGUGUCGUCGAUCGGCACGGCAACCCGUCGCACUUUGGCGGCAAGGCGGCGAAUAGACUCACGGCGCUGGGCAGCACGAUCGAGGGGUACGUGGGCGGCGAGGAGGACCCGUGUGCAGAGGGGCUCGCGCCGACCAGCCGACUCACGCGCAAGAGCUGGUUCCGCCGCUACGAUGGGCUCCUGACCGAAGACGACUUCGGGGAGGGGGAGGGGUACGACUACGACGACUACUACGAGGGGGAUGCGCCGUAG